AUUCAGAACCGCUAGAUGUUUUCGUCCGUCUGGAAAGGAAUUGCAACUUCCCUUGAAACUAAAGCGACUGCCGUCUAUUUUCGAGGUUCGUCAAAAUUUUUCGCACGGCCAUUGAGCGCUGCGGUGGUUUCGUCUGGUACUGGAGCUGUAAGGCGGUGUUUGGGUGUCCACGUCUAUCUUGUCAAUUUACAAAAGUUCCGUACAGUUGGAAUUAGAGGAAUGCACAGCACGCUGGAGGAAGUCAAGCUGGAUGGGAUGCAGGUGAAGAUUUUGCCUGCAUUGCAGGACAAUUAUAUGUAUUUGAUUGUGGAUGGAAAGACGCAAGAGGCGGCUGUGGUCGAUCCCGUAGAUCCCGAAUUGGUGAUUAAAACGGUACAAGAAGCCAAAGUUAACCUCAACAAAGUACUCACUACACAUCAUCAUUGGGAUCAUGCCGGCGGUAAUGAAAAAUUGGUGAAAUUGUGGAGCAAGGAGUUGCAAGUAUAUGGCGGUGAUGAUAGAAUUGGUGCUCUUAAUCGGAAAGUUCGUCAAGAUGAUACAUUCACAAUUGGCAAUUUGAAUGUGCGUUGCCUUUCUACGCCCUGUCACACUACAGGGCACAUUUGCUACCACGUAACAACUGCCGAUGGCCAGGGCGAGGGGGCUGUCUUUACUGGGGAUACACUUUUCCAGGGCGGCUGUGGGCGUUUCUUUGAGGGCACACCCGAGGAAAUGUACGAGGCGUUGUGCACGAAAUUAGCGUCUCUCCCAGACAACACGAAGGUUUUCUGUGGGCACGAAUAUACGUUGCAGAAUAUGAGUUUUGCCCGCCAUGUUGAGCCAGAAAACGAGUCUAUACAUAAGCGCAUUGAAUGGGCCAAGAUGCGGCGUGCCUCGCAAGAUCCGACAGUGCCCUCCACAAUAGGUGAAGAGAAGUCGUGGAAUCCCUUUAUGCGCGUUCAUGAGAGUGCUGUUCAAAAACACGCUGGUGGCCAAACAAAUCCUAUUCAAGUUAUGGGUAACUUGCGCAAAGAGAAAGAUACUUUUAAAGCUUAAUCUAAUCUAAAAAUAAUACUUAAGCUGUGCUGUGCAUUAGUUUUUUUUGAGUUAUAUUUACAUGCAUAUACUGAAAUGUCAAUAAAAUUUCCGUGGAAAUGGUUUAUCAAGGUCAAA